AUGUCUAACAAACGUACUGUGGACGAGCGUGUUCUGAUAUGUCUAUUGUACGAGUUCAAGCUCGGUCACAGUACGAGGACGGCGCGUGAGAAUCUGAAUCGCGUAUAUGGCUACGGUGCAAUCGCAGAUGGAACAGUGACGAGAUGGUACGCAAAAUUUCGACGUGGAAGGUACAGCCUCGAGAGGAAGACGACAAGCGGCGUGUCACGCGUCCUGGAUGACGACGAACUGGAGCAGACUGUGAAAGAGAAUCCAGGAUUGAGUAUUUCCCAACUUGCAAAGCGAUUCAACGUCGGUAUGACCACCAAUGUGGAAGCACCUCCAGAGAAUCUCGAAAGGCGAUAA